AUGUCCUCAUCAUAUGCUCUGCCAGCUUCAGCCAUCACGAAUAGUCACCAUGGGAAUGGAAAUGGACAUGGACACAUACAUGGCCAUUCAGAUUCUCCUUCACAUUCACACUCAAGUCGAUCCUCACAAUAUUCUGCCAGAUCGAGACCAUUGAAUCAAUCGACCUCAAGUCUACAGAGUCAUUCACACAAUCAUUCCGAAACUCUUCAUGAGCACAAACACGAACACGAAGAUAAUAAUGGCCACUCCCACUCUCACUCUCAUUCGCAUGGUCAUACACACAAUCAAAGCCAUGAACAUUCAGCAUCAUAUCUGCCAUCACCGGCAUAUAGUGACGCAACUCCCAUGUCUGCCACCUUUGAUAAGGGGGCAUCAUUUGGAACUUAUGAACCUCCAAUAAACGAUGUACAUGUUAUACCCCACGACCACCAUCAUCAUGAUCAUGACCAUCACGGUCAUUCACAUGGUACAACGACAGAAACGAAAUCACGAUUCACAAGUUUGAUCCUGCCAUACGCGCAAAAUUGGCCCCUUUUACAUACAAUACUAGCGAGCAAAGAUUCACGGAGGAUAUUCUAUUUUAUGAGCAUCAAUUUUGCCUUUAUGAUCGUUCAAGCAUUUUACGGAUUCGUCACAAAUUCUCUAGGCCUUUUAAGCGAUAGUAUACAUAUGUUUUUCGAUUGUUUAGCACUUGCAGUGGGAUUGUUCGCUGCAGUUGCAAGUAAAUGGCCACCGAGUCAGAGAUUUCCAUAUGGUUUUGGAAAGAUUGAGAGUUUGUCUGGAUUCGGAAAUGGAGUAUUCCUCAUACUUAUUAGCAUUGAGAUUAUGAUAGAGGCUACGGAACGUUUAGCGGAAGGACGAGAAACGACACGACUGCUUGAACUUUUUGUUGUUAGUUCCAUGGGUUUGGCAGUUAAUUUGGUGGGCAUGGCUUGUCUUGGUCAUGCUGGUCAUGGACAUAGCCACGGCGAUGAUGAUGGUCAUUCUCAUGGCCAUUCCCAUGACAAUGAAAACAUGAGAGGUAUCUACAUGCAUGUUAUCGCAGACACGAUGGGUAGUGCCUCAGUCGUUGUCUCUACCGUUUUAAUACAUUUCCUCGGAUGGUCCGGCUGGGAUCCUCUCGCAUCUUGCCUCAUCGCAGUUCUUAUCUUCAUAUCCUCAAUUCCUCUAGUCAAAAGUAGUGCUAAGAAAUUACUCUUGACAAUUCCGGACAACACUGAAUACAACCUACGAGAGACAUUGGCUGGAGUAAGCGAUCUUCGUGGAGUUCAGGCCUACACUGUUCCAAAAUUCUGGCUAGGCGAUAAAAAUCAAACAGUAUUAGGAGUCAUGCAUGUUGUUGCGACCAGAGGAUCAGAUCUUGAAGAUGUUCUGACCAGAACAAGAGCAUUCCUACUGAGUAAAGGUGUAGAUGUUGUAGUGCAGGUUGAGAAAGAUGGCGAUGCAAGUUGUUGGUGUGGGGGUGCUGUGAAUAGCAGUCGAUCGAACACGAGUUCGAGGUUUUCGUAG